CAUUGUCGAGUUGACUCAGACGAGGACUCUUCCAGAGCAGAGGCACCCAUCCGCUCUUGUCUCGAGAUCAUCCACUCUCCCACUCCCACAAUAGCCAUCAUAAGUUCUUCGAACAAAGACGAUCUCACCUUUCUUUUCAAGCCCGUAAGACGCUGCGUAUCAUAUUUCACAUAACAGGUCGAAGUAUUUUCCCCAGAAAGCAUUUCACUAUAUUUAUUUCCAGAGGGAUAUAGUCAUGAACUUUGAAAAUCCCACAGCGGUGACUACCAUGAGUUGCGGUCACAGAGCUCCUCGAAACAUGGGAUCCAGAGGGCGCACGCUUCCUUCCAGGAAAGGCAAAGCACAGAGGGCUAAGGACGACACUCGAGGUUCUCAAGUGAUCGAUCCUUGCCUUGACCGGGUUGACGGCGUCAGCCAGAGAAAUCGAGAUUCCCAAACCAAUGAAGACCAGGGUAGUACUGCCCCUGUCUUCGAGAGGCAUAAGCGCAGAAGUGCUGGCAGCAGUACUAGUAAUAGUGAUAGCAGCAGAACUAUCACUAGUGAAGAUUCCCAAAGCCAUGCAGACCCGCAUCAGGGUGCCGCUUCCGUUUCUGGAACGACCGAGUCCGUCGGGACGAGGAAGUCGAACAAGCGUGGGGGUAGGAAGCAGCACUCUGGGAGUCAGAAAAAGAAACAGAAGCAGCAGCAGCAGCAGCAGCAGCCUCCAACUACCAUCCGGAUUGAGGAUGAUAGAUUUGACAGAGUGUUGCUGAUCAAGCCUCGUCAAGAAGCUUUGAACUAUGCCAAGGAGGUGACAGAGACGUCCCCAGAUGACCAUCACGUCUUCUGGGUGGACGGAUCGACAGCCGCCAACGAGGCAGCGCCAUCUGGAGUCGCAGUUAUCCACGGGCACAGCGGACAAGACGCGGACGAGCUGUACUGCCUCGACGAGAUCCGGCUCAGCCAGUUGGCUGAGUUGUUUGCUAUCGGGGCCGGUCUGAGAGCAGCAGUCCGCCACCUGGAGCGGCUUCAAGUGUCAGGUCAUGUGGUCCAGGUCUUCACGGACUGCCAAGCGGCCAUGGAAAUGCUGCGGCCUGUAACAAAGAAGUUGAGCCCACUCGCUGGCCGUCUAGUGCGUCUUGUUGACGCUCUUUCUCACCGGCUCUGCUCGAUGGGAGUCAAGGUCGAGCUUCAUUGGGUUCCGGGACACCAGUGUGUUCGGGGCCAUAAGAGAGCUGAUUUGUUGUCCAGGACAAUCACAAAUUUUAUGAUGAACAACCUGGCUGACAAGAUCGGUCAAACUAAUGCAGUCAGAGUGGACUGCACUUUCCUCGAUUGAUUCUGAGCAUAUAUAUUGCGUUGGACUGAUACAAAGACUUUCCUCCCCGUCUAGACUGUCGUUCACCGUGAACAAAGCAGUACGCCAUACACCGAGUCAUCCCCGUU